AUGUACGACGAUGACUAUGAUCGUAAUGAUCCGAGGCGCCUGAGUUAUAUAAUGACCCCCCUCGGCGAGUCAAUAACAACCAUCCCGCGUGCCGCCGCAGGAUCCGAGUCCUCUCUUUCUCCGUCCUCGCCACUGCAUCAAUCCUCGCCAGAUAGGCAAACGAUACACACCAAUGGAAACCAACGGCCGCCACUUACUGGAAGCCGGUCUUUUGACCGGGAAAGUGAUCCCGGGAACUCCGAUGGUACUCGUCAGCCCUCGGACACCGCAACGUCCUCUUUUCCUCUCAACGAUAUCGACUAUGAAUCGAACCCUGCAGCCGUCGCCCAGGAACUGAACAACCUUGCCGCAAUUCGGCGCAUGUCGAUGGAUGUGGCCGCCGCCGGUGACCCUGACCUCCCAGGUUUCGCCUCACCUCCCUCCCCAUCGGCUGACGAAGAUGACGCCUCCCGAUUGUUCUGGGUUCCUGCGCGGCUGCACCCCGAAUUGGCUCCGAAAGAAUUUAAGUCGUUUCUGGACAGCAAAGCCGACCAUAUCAAGCGCAGAUCCGCCGAGUAUUCGACUUUAGGUUCCGAACGCCAAGGGUCGGGAGGUGGUCUUAAUCGCAAACGCUCUAUGUUAUCGAGACAAAUCGACAAUUCGUCGGGUUAUACAGAUGGCGCGGAUCGGUUGGAACGUAAACGCUCUGAAUCAAAUAGGAGAGGUGGAAUGCUGAGUCCCAACCUGCAACAGUUGGAAAGCUUGGUGGAUGAUUCGAAACCGAUGGACAAAGAAUCACUCUUGCGCGGCAUCCAGAAUAUUGGUAUCUCAGGAAAUGAAGACUUGCCGAUCCUGCCACCAGCACCACCGGGAAACAGCCUACGCCGGUCAACUCGGACACAAUAUAAGAAAGCAGGCAGUUUGAAAAAGGGCGAAAAGUUGCCCUACUCUAAACGAGUUGGGCGGGGGGCAUCUGAAUCUGCAGGGAGUGAUACAGGCCCUCCGGUUGUUCUGCCACCUCAAGAUCCUACUUCUAAAACGACGCGAGCUGCUCGAGCCCCAUCUACCUCAUCGCAUGGAUCAGCUUAUGCCCCAAGUUCACCCGUGAGUUCGACUUUCGAUUCAAUUGUCGAUCAGCCUGAGGCGGAGCAGGAAGGCUCGCCCACUUCCGGUGGGCAAUCGGAUGCUACUCUGGAUCGAUCUGAUUCGGGAGAUACGGCCAAUUCACGCAAAUGGCAUUCUCGGAUUAGUUCGAAUGGUCGAUCUACCUUGAACGUGGCCCCAGGCGACCAGAAAAUCCCUGAAAUAGUUGAAACACCACCCCCCGCUACUGACUCCACCCGUAUACCGAGCCCACCUUCACAAGGCAGACGGUCGUCGGAUCGUGCCACGGCAUCUACACCUUCGUCGAAACCGACGCCUUCGCAUGAGCCGACACCAAAACGUCCCAAGAAUCCUCGCCUACCCCCUCAUGAACCUGCAUCUUCACUCAAUGACUUUGCCAAUAACCCUCAGAUGGUACCUGGCAACAGCACCCGCACCGACAGUCUUUCAUUCAUCCCUACCAUCUCAGAAGAACGCAAACCUGAAGAACGGAAAUCCGAGAGCAAGAAAUCAAAAGACAAGAAGGACUCUGAUGGUAGCCGCAAGUCUAGUUGGCAUUGGUUGCUGGGCAGCGAAGAAAAAGAUAAGAAGAAGGAGAAGGAUAACGACUCGAAAAAGACCAAAACAAAGGUUGUCGACAAAACGCAUGACAACACACGUCUAGACGUUUUACAAUCAUCUAUCGAGAGCACUCCGCGGGGACGCGAAAGUCUUGUUUUGGACCGCCUUGAUCCGAAGCUUGAGGAGGAACGGCGCAAAGACGGCGUGAGGAGGGCAUCGGGAGACUCAAAGAAAGAAAAGGAUGGCAUUUUCUCUUCGAUUUUUGGCGGUGGACGAAAGAAGCACAGUAACGAAGGCCACCACCGAAAACAUUCGGCACGAAAUCUCUCUCCCGAUCCCCCAACUCGGGUACUUCGCGCCGACGUCGAUUAUCCAUGGACUCGCUUCUCCAUUUUGGAAGAGCGAGCCAUUUACCGGAUGGCGCAUAUCAAGCUUGCGAAUCCUCGGCGAGCUCUGUACUCUCAAGUAUUGCUAAGCAACUUCAUGUACUCCUACCUCGCCAAGGUACAACAGAUGCAGUUGCCGGUUGCUUCAUCUGGGUCAUCCCAGAGAUCAUCGAAAUCAAGAGAUCAGCCAGAUGAGUACUUGCAAUAUCAGCGAUACCAAGAGUCUCAGGAGCAACAACACUACGGAGACAGUGCCUACGACGACUCUUCCAUGUACGACUAUGAUGACGAUCCGCAUGAUCGCUACGGUAGCCAUUCGAGGAGCGACAAGCAAGGCUAUGAAAAUGGCCAAGCUUACGGCCCCGGCCACCAUCAGUACGGACACUCGUCCUUUGGCGAUGACGUCCAACUCGAUGACGACGAUGACGAUGAUAUGUGGUGA